CAGUCACUACAUUUCCCAUGAGAACUCGCUCGGUGGAAACUACACCAGACAAUAUGGCGGGAAUCGGAGCUUUCCUGAGGAAUGCGUGGAACAAGGAGCCGGUUAUCAUGGCUUCUUGUGGAAUUGGACUGGUUGGUGCCAUUCUUCCGUUCAUCAGCCCACUUACAAAAUAUACAGCAAUGUUGAACGCAGCUGUGCCAUACAACUACCCAGUUCCCGUGCGAGAUGAUGGAAACAUGCCCGACAUUCCGGCUCAUCCAUGUGAACCAAAAGGAAGAAACUUGGAUUGGAUCAAAAAUCUAUAACUUCAGAUUUUCUCAUGUUAAUAUCUGUCUGAAUAGUUGCCUCCGAUGUCUGUGUCCAACAAUAAAGAUUCUAUUUAAUUCUA